GUUUUUUUAAUAAACCGAAUAGUACUUAAUAUCUUUUAAGAUACUAAAUGCGAAGUACAAUUUUGUUGUUUUAUUUUGCGAGCAUUCCAGAAUCUACGUUGCUGUAGGUACAAGGCCACAACUGGACAGAGGUCAUAUCAAUUCUAGACAAAGGAGAGAUCAACGCAUUUGCGUUUAACCAGUGGAAGAGUACGGACGCUUAUGUUAACCGAACUGGUGUUUUUAAUGGUUCUGUUCUUUGGUGGAAUCAGAGCAGAAAAUUGUGAAGAUAAUAAUAAGGAACAAUGUUCUGCUGUAACUUUAACAUCUUUCAAUCAAGACACCGAUUGGAACUCGGCUACUACAAUUUAUGAUUUCCAUGCUAAAGAUAUUCAUGGAAAUGACGUGUCCCUUAGUAAAUACCGUGGACAUGUUUGUAUAAUAGUUAAUGUUGCCAGCAGUUGUGGAUUAACUGACAGAAAUUAUAAAGAACUGGUACAAUUAUACGAAAAAUACAGUGAAAAAGAAGGUUUAAGAAUUUUAGCAUUCCCAUCCAAUCAGUUUGCUCAAGAACCAGGCACUUCUGAAGAAAUUUUAGAGUUUGUCAAGAAAUAUAAUGUUACUUUUGACUUAUUUGAAAAGGUUGAUGUUAACGGCGAUGGUGCUCACCCAUUGUGGAAAUGGUUAAAGGCACAAACAAGUAGAUCAUCUACAGAUGAUCUUCAAUGGAACUUUGCCAAAUUUAUUAUAAACAAAGAAGGAAAGAUUGUUUCUAGAUAUGUACCAAGUACAGAUCCUCAUGAAAUGGAAUCCGAAUUGAAGAAGUAUUUUUAAGUUUUCGUAUAUCCUUACCUGCUUGAUUCAAUUUUAGCCAUCAGCAUUAUACCCUGAUUGUUACUGAAACAAUAUU